AUGCUCAAUUUAUCAAGUGGGGAUGAAAAUGAUAAAUCAUGCACUCGAGUUUUCACUCCAUCGGUGUGUAGUGAUGACGCACCAAUACUACCCAAACGUCUGUUACUUCAAAAGCGUCGUUCAACUGUAGCAGAUUUGGCUGUCUCCAAUAAAGGACAAUUACAGCUUAUUUUGGCACUGAAUAAUCCUGAUAAAUAUCCAGCAUUAUGUAAUAAAAUAAAAAUGAAUGCAGCUCGUAGAAAAACAAUAUGUGUAUUAGCCGCAAAUAAUCAACAAUUCGGUGAAGUAUGUUUUCAUUUCUCACUAUACCUUUGACACAAGAUAUUGUAUUGACAGAAAAAAAACAGAAAUCAUAGAGAUACGACUAAAAGCGAUGAUUGCCAAACAAAUCGUGCUAAUUUCAAAGUACUUGAGGAACAGUUAGAACAGUUCCUCUCUUUUUUGAAAUAAUUUUCGGUUUUGAGUGGAACACAGCCUGAUGUAGAAGAAAGUCUGGACUACAAAAUGCGACCAGUCAUAGAGUUCCCCGAUCAUUCUUUGAAAAAGUCUUUUCGGUGUUUGUCCAAAAGUCUAAACAAAUACAAGCAUUUUAAUUUCAUAAACUUUUCUCUCCUUUCUGGUACAUUCAAAAUGUUUUCUUAUGCUUGCUUGAUAGAAGAAAGUGUUAUCUGCACAAUGAGAUGUGGGUGAUUCUUUCGGAAACGUACCACAUUUACAUCUACUUUAUCCGGAUUGUUCGAGAGUAACAGGACUAGUACAACUUGAGCUCCUGAUGACGAAUAUCACGUUUAAAAGAUUCUAAA